AUGUGUUCGAAUGGCAAGACUAACGAAUUCAAAUGUUCUGCUGGCCUCUUCUUCAAUAUCCAAUUAUCAGCUUGUGAUUAUCAAAACAACAUUCCAGCUUGCAAUCAAAAUGUUGCAGUUGGAACAACAGAUGUGCCAUUUGCGGCCGAAAGCACGCAAAAGAGCGUCUUCCCAUCACAAGAUAUUCAACCGUCAUCUGCAUCAAUUGUCGUCGGUGGAUGUUCCUCGAAACUGGACGGUAAUUAUCCUGAGAGCGACUGCUCGCACUCAUUCUACACUUGUUCGGUUGGUAUUAGCUUUCUUUUAUCGUCAUUUCUUGGGUCUGCGUUAUAUUUCAGUGGCAUAGGAACGAAUUCGUUCGACCAUCUGUAA